ACCUGAAAAUUCUCUUAAAUUUUUUGUACCUUCAAAAAAUCUUCCAAUAAGAAGAAAAAAAUUUCCAAAUCUGAUAGAAAUUCUACUAAACAAUACUAAAAAUAACAUCAUGCACAUCAUACGUGAAAUAGAACACACCCUUAGACAGCCAAUCAGACAAUCAUAUUGAAAAAUAAUGGCGAUGACGACUAACCUAACCGAUUCAACGACGCCUUUGAUUUCUAGGAUCUUUAGGAUUCCAUUCUCGUAAUAGUAUUUUGCUGACGGGAUUUGUUAAUUUGUUUUCGUAUGUACAUUUUUGCAUUCUGAUAUAGUUCAGAAAGAAUCGCCCAUUAUGGCCCGUUAUUAUUUAUGUUUUCGCUCGCACUUAUAAUAAUGCAGUGAGGGAGAUUGUUUGAAUUGUUCGUGCAAGUUGUAGACGACAAUGGCUAACCAUUACGAGGUUCCAAACUGGGCUGGUAAGCCACCGGUGGGGUUGCAUCUGGACGUGUUAAAGAAUGACAAGUUGAUACAGAAACUCAUGGUGGAUGAAAAGAAGUGUUAUCUAUUUGGUCGCAAUCAACAGCUGAAUGACUUCUGCAUUGAUCAUGCGUCUUGUUCUCGCGUUCAUGCGGCUCUUGUUUAUCACAAGCAUCUGAAUCGAGCAUUUUUGGUUGAUCUGGGAAGUACACAUGGAACCUUUAUCGGAAAUCUACGUUUGGAAGCACAUAAACCAACUCAGUUACCAAUUGACAGUACAUUUCACUUUGGGGCAUCUACUCGAUAUUACAUAAUAAGAGAAAGACCUCAAACUGGUGCCCGACCUAUUAUCGAAGAAUUGGAGAAAUUAUCUGAAGAUAUGGACGCUGGUGGUUUGCUGGGAUUGCCAGAAACAGAAACAGAAUUAGAUAAUUUAACAGAAUUUAACACAGCUCAUAAUCGACGGAUCUCUAUGCUUGGCAUAACAGAUGACGAAAUGCAUAAACCAACGCGUAAACGAAAGAAAAAGGGAAUCACCUUCAAUGAUGACGAAGAAGUAAUCAAUCCGGAAGAUGUUGAUCCAUCAGUUGGAAGAUUUCGUAAUCUUGUACAAACGACAGUUGUUCCUAGUAAGAGAAUGCGUAUGGAAGGUGGUCUUAUAUCCUUGGCGGAAGAUCACAAUCCUCUGAAACAUAUGCAACCCACGUCUACCACUCCACAACUCUAUCACGAUUUACCUCCCGAGCAGUUUACACCAUCAUCGAUGUCUUCGAUAAAUCCGUUUUCUACGGCUCUUACAUCGCGGCUUGGCAUCGCGCUACCUAAUCCGGCACCCGAGGUGGAGAUGACGCCGAAUCAGAUACAGACGGAAGUGCCGCAUGUACAAGAGCACAUACCAGGUACGACGGAGCCGCGAGUAAUGGAACCGAAGAAGAAGAAAUACGCCAAAGAGGCAUGGCCUGGGAAAAAACCGAUACCAACGCUGCUUGUAUAA